GCAGUAGGUUUUUGUUGUGGUGUAGAUCACUGUGUAUACUGGGGUGGCACUGUGGUUAAACGCUGUACAAAAACCUCAUCUCUCUGAAAGUGUGUUAUUUAUGUUAAACUAAAGAUGAAGAAUCUGCACAAACAGCACGGUUCUGUGUUCCUGUGUGUUGCACAUCAUACAGGUGAAUUACACAGCGAAUAUCUUCAUUUAUCAGCUAAAUUAACAAUAUCUGGAAUACAAUUGUACUGGAUACCUGCACGGAUACUCAGCAAGACACAAUGUGAUAUUCAUAACUGUGUUAGUUAUUUUUCUGCUCCAGUUUGAUUAUUGACAGAAACCAUGAUGAACGAUAAUGUAUUUUAGGGGUUUGACAAAAUUUGGAGUGCUACAGAUUUUUCAAAAUGUACAUUUGAAGCCUUCCUGAGAAAGGACAGGUUUUUGUGCAGUCAGUUCCAUGAAAUACAGCACUGUGACUACUUUGACUACUGGGGUAAAGGCACUCAUGUCACUGUUACCACAGACACACCGAUUGCACCAACCUCCCUCUUCCCUCUGAUGACAUGCCCCACGGAUCAGCUGACCCUGGCCUGCAUUGCCGGCGGAUUUUUUCCUUCUUCCUCCGUGACCUUCCAGUGGAAGGACACCAGCGGACAGCCCGUGUCUGACUUCACUGAGUACCCAGCAGUGCAGAUCAGUGGGUCUAAAUCCUACACAAGCGUCAGUCAUCUCCGUGUAAAUGCGGCAGAGUGGGAUGCUAAGAAGACCUACAGUUGUUCCGUGAACCAUUUGUCACAGGCCGGGGUAAAGGACGCCAGUUUCCAGAAACCAGUUAUGCCCAAGUCACCAACAGUGAGCCUGCUGCUGGAACCCAGCGGCGCCAGUCCCCCAGACGCCCUUAUCUGUGUCAUACGGGACUUCUACCCCAAGAGCCUGACUGUGACCUGGAGAGUAAAUGGUAAAACACUGACCGGAUCAUCCAACACCUGGCAAUCAGAGAAGCAAGCCUCAGGACUGUACUCAGCCAGCAGCACUGUGAAUGUGGACCGCACAAAAUGGGACAGGAAUGAAGAGUACACAUGUGAAGUACUGCACCAGCAGGAAACCAUCAAGCAGAAAACUUCCAGAGACCAGUCCUUAGACACGCCCUGUCUGGAGGUGACCCUGAAUCCCCCAAAGGCGAGAGAAUUGUUUGUAGAUAACCAGGCUGUGCUGGACUGCGUCAUCACUGGGGGAGAGAGGGCAGCAGUGGAGGGAGCCAGCGUUACCUGGACACCGAGUGGAACGAGCAAAGAGAGUCAGAUCACUCAACACGGACAUGUGUUCAGGAAGACCAGCACUCUGACUCUGGGACAGGAACGCUGGUUCACCGAGCAAAAUGUUCAGUGCUCUGUCCAACAGCAGAACAGCAAAAAGCCGGCCAUCACAAAAUCUUUCAGCCGGAACACCAGCGGGUUAAAAGCUCCCAAGGUGGUUAUAAACACACCCUCAGAAGAGGACAGUGAGUUUGUCUCCCUGGUCUGUGUAGUGACAGGCUUCUCUCCCCGGGACGUGUUUGUCAUGUGGUCAGUGGAUGGAUCCUAUGAAGAGGGCAUCACCAGUGAGCCUGUGGAGAGCAAUCAUGGCAACUUCUCUGUCACAAGUUUUUUAGAAGUCCCGACAGCGAAGUGGAAGUCCCAGUCCAAAGUCGCCUGCAAUGUGAAGCAUGUUUCUGUGCCCAAUGGAGCAGCCCCUCUCACAAAAUCUGUGUCCAGAGCAACUGACCCACCCUGUCUGGAGGUGACCCUGAAUCCCCCAAAGGCGAGAGAAUUGUUUGUAAAUAACCAGGCUGUGCUGGACUGCGUCAUCACUGGGGGAGAGAAGGCAGCAGUGGAGGGAGCCAGCGUUACCUGGACACCGAGUGGAACAAGCACCUCGAGUGAGGUCACUCAGCACGGACAUGUGUUCAGGAAGACCAGCACUCUGACUCUGGGACAGGAACGCUGGUUCACCGAGCAAAAUGUUCAGUGCUCUGUCCAACAGCAGAACAGCGAUAAGCCGGCCAUCACAAAAUCUUUCAGCCGGAACAACAGCGGGUUAAAAGUUCCCAAGGUGGAUAUAAACACACCCUCAGAAGAGGACAGUGAGUUUGUCUCCCUGGUCUGUGUAGUGACAGGCUUCUCUCCCCGGGACGUGUCCGUCAUGUGGACAGUGGAUGGAUCCUAUGAAGAGGGCAUCACCAGUGAGCCUGUGGAGAGCAAUCAUGGCAACUUCUCUGUCACAAGUUUUUUAGAAGUCCCGACAGCGAAGUGGAAGUCCCAGUCCAAAGUCGCCUGCAAUGUGAAGCAUGUUUCUGUGUCCAAUGGAGCAGCCCCUCUCACAAAAUCUGUGUCCAGAGUAACUGACCCACCCUGUCUGGAGGUGACCCUGAAUCCCCCAAAGGCGAGAGAAUUGUUUGUAAAUAACCAGGCUGUGCUGGACUGCGUCAUCACUGGGGGAGAGAAGGCAGCAGUGGAGGGAGCCAGCGUUACCUGGACACCGAGUGGAACAAGCACCUCGAGUGAGGUCACUCAGCACGGACAUGUGUUCAGGAAGACCAGCACUCUGACUCUGGGACAGGAACGCUGGUUCACCGAGCAAAAUGUUCAGUGCUCUGUCCAACAGCAGAACAGCGAUAAGCCGGCCAUCACAAAAUCUUUCAGCCGGAACAACAGCGGGUUAAAAGUUCCCAAGGUGGAUAUAAACACACCCUCAGAAGAGGACAGUGAGUUUGUCUCCCUGGUCUGUGUAGUGACAGGCUUCUCUCCCCGGGACGUGUCCGUCAUGUGGACAGUGGAUGGAUCCUAUGAAGAGGGCAUCACCAGUGAGCCUGUGGAGAGCAAUCAUGGCAACUUCUCUGUCACAAGUUUUUUAGAAGUCCCGACAGCGAAGUGGAAGUCCCAGUCCAAAGUCGCCUGCAAUGUGAAGCAUGUUUCUGUGUCCAAUGGAGCAGCCCCUCUCACAAAAUCUGUGUCCAGAGUAACUGACCCACCCUGUCUGGAGGUGACCCUGAAUCCCCCAAAGGCGAGAGAAUUGUUUGUAAAUAACCAGGCUGUGCUGGACUGCGUCAUCACUGGGGGAGAGAGGGCAGCAGUGGAGGGAGCCAGCGUUACCUGGACACCGAGUGGAACGAGCAAAGAGAGUCAGAUCACUCAGCACGGACAUGUGUUCAGGAAGACCAGCACUCUGACUCUGGGACAGGAACGCUGGUUCACCGAGCAAAAUGUUGAGUGCUCUGUCCAACAGCAGAACAGCGAUAAGCCAGCCAUCACAAAAUCUUUCAGCCGGAACAACACCGGGUCAACAGUUCCCAAGGUGGUUAUAUACACACCCUCAGAAGAAGAAGACAGUGAGUUUGUCUCUCUGGUCUGUGUAGUGACAGGCUUCUCUCCCCGGGACGUGUUCGUCAUGUGGACAGUGGAUGAUGGAUCCUAUGAAGAGGGCAUCACCAGUGAGCCUGUGGAGAGCAAAACUGGCACCUUCUCUGUCACAAGUUUGUUCAAUGUCUCGACAGCGAAGUGGAAGUCCCCGUCCAACAUCACCUGCAAUGUGAAGCACUCUUCUAUGGCCAAUGGAGCAGCACCUCUCACAAAAUCUGUGUCCAGAGCAACUGAAACAGUAUCAGCUCUGAAUUGUAAUGAGGAAGGUGAGGAAGAAGAUGAGCUAGGCAGUCUGUGGUCCACCACCUCUUCCUUCUUCACCCUCUUCCUCUGCACUCUCAUCUACAGCACCCUCCUCACUUUGAUCAAGAUGAAGCAGUGAUGUACUGUACAGUGCAACACAUGGAAGAUGGGGUGAAAGCUUAUUUUUUGAAUGUAUUGAUAGUUACAUGUCAAAAGUGUGUUGUAUAGAAGAUUUUGUCAUGUUUUCUUGAGCUGAAUCUCUCUGUUUAUUCAAUUACUCCCCUGUGCCUAUGUUUAGAUUUCUUUCAUCACCUAACGAGUGAAAAUGUCUGUAUUAAAUCCUGUUUAUACCAGUGUUUUCUGUGGACAUCAGACCCACAGUGCAGUACAUAAUUGGCUGCAGUUUAGUCCUAUGAGGAAAGGUUUUAGUUGGCAGUCCUGUACUCGA